UCUCUCUCUCUCUCUCUUCUGAAGCUUGCCAUUCCUCCUGACCUACAACGCAUCUAGACACUGCCAUCCACCGGGCAGCCCACACUGAUGUCCUGGAGCGAUGCGGAGAGAGGAGAGAGGUCACCACAAAGUCACCUGUGUUACUAAGAACGGAGAAGAAACCGUUACAAAUGCGCUCAGCGUGCUCUGAUUUUAUCACUGUUUCGUUUUACCUGGAAGACCUAGGGAACGCAGCCACUACCAGAGGGGAUGAGGAGGGUUAUUCUCCUUUAGGGCAAGUGCAGAUCAGACACACAGGUUCGUGAUUGAGUGAGAAGAGGAGCAUGGACAGCGGUGACAGCUGCUGAAUCUGGAAGGAUCUCCAUGAAACCGGCUGUGGAUCAUAAACCGCGCGCGUGGUGGUUUCCUAACUAUCCUACAGGCUACAGAGUUCCAUUUACUCUUAUAAAUCCCGGAUUUCAGCCCAGUAUCACCCCUCAGUGGCGGGGUGUUUUCCGAUUAAAGGAGCGUUAACUGGAAGGAGGAAUUCUUCUGGAGACAUGAGUGCGCAAGGAGGUGGCGUGCCGGUUUAACGGCGGCUUUUAUCUGCUUCCUCUGCCCCGGCGGAUCACCAGCUGACAGCGGACUUCUGCAGGUUAAAAGGCUGCCACUGGUCUCCAGGAGCAGUUUGGUGCAAACUCAGCGGGAACUGAACUGAAACGCCUUUUUGUUUCCUCAUCAUCCGGGAGGACCCCGCAGCCCCAGCCCUGCGAGGCACGAAACACAGGAAAAAAGUGGAUAUAUUUUCUCCAUUUGCCUUUGUGAAAAUGUGUCAUUUCUCCAGAUGAAGGAUUAUUUAACAGAUUUUGAUUGAGGUGAGAUCUUCAGCUGUUUUGAGAGGAGAUAAAACACCAGGAGGAGAAAUAACGGGAGAGCCAGAGGGGAGACGCGCAGGUCUUUGGAUCUGUCUCCCUUGGUCACCACUCUUUUUUCUCCACCUGCUUGUGACUGCAGUUCAUCUUCAUGUUGAGUCUUAAUCAAAGACAGCACAUCAGAUAGAGGUAGUUGCCCUGUUUCCUGUGAAGGAUAAUGGAACGGCUGUGGUUCUCUUUGCUGUUGCUGGCGGCAGCAUGCAGGGGACAGCCGUGUCCAAAACGUUGCAUGUGCCAGAGCCUUUCUCCAUCGCUUGCUAUCCUCUGCUCCAAGACAGGCCUGCUCUUUGUUCCUGCUGCCAUUGAUCGACGUACCGUGGAGCUGCGGCUUCAGGAAAACUUCAUCACAGCUGUGCGGAAAAAAGACUUUGCCAACAUGACUGGCUUGUUGCAUCUGACACUGUCAAAAAACACCAUCAGUCAGAUUCUUCCAUCAGCUUUUAGUGAUCUGCGACGACUCAGAGCGCUCCACCUAGACUCUAAUAGAUUAACUGUGGUCAAGGAUGACCAUUUUAAAGGUCUGACCAAUCUUCGCCAUCUGAUCUUGGCGAAUAACCAGCUCCACGCCAUAUCUCCCCAUGCUUUUGAUGACUUCUUGUCUACUUUAGAAGAUUUAGAUCUCAGUUACAACAACCUUGCACAAGUCCCCUGGGAUACUAUUGGUCGUCUAACCAAUGUCAACACCUUAAACAUGGAUCACAAUCUCAUAGAGAACGUUCCCCAGGGCGUUUUCACCAAUCUACACAAACUGGCCAGGCUGGACAUGACAUCAAACAAACUCAAGAAAAUUCCCCCAGACCCAUUGUUUUUAAGGAUCCCGGUAUAUGCCAAGUCUAAAGGCUCCCCCCUCUCCUCCCUUGUGUUGAGUUUUGGUGGUAACCCCCUCCACUGUAACUGUGAACUUCUGUGGUUAAGGAGAUUAACCAGGGAGGAUGACUUGGAGACAUGUGCCUCCCCCCCAGAUCUUAGUGCCAAGUACUUCUGGACAAUACCUGAAGAGGAGUUUAUUUGUGACCCACCAGUUCUGACACGAAAGUCCCCUCAAAUCAUUGCAAUGGAAGGACAGCCUGCCAGCUUAAAGUGCAAAGCCAAUGGUGACCCAGAGCCUGGGGUCCACUGGGUCACGCCUGAAGGACGACUUAUAUCCAACACCUCCAGGACUUUGGUUUUCCCCAAUGGAAGUCUAGAGAUCAAUGUCAUAUCGCUGAAGGAUUCAGGAAACUUCACCUGCAUUGCCUCCAAUGCAGCAGGUGAAUCCACAGGAAGGGUGGAGUUAGUCGUCACAGCAGUGCCUCAUCUCGCGAACAGCACAAGCCGCAGCCGAGAUCCUGCGUCUGAGCCAGCGCCCUCUGACAUCCUGACCUCCUCUAAGGUUGCGCUGCCAAACAACGAGACGAGAGGAGGAGAUAGGAGGGUCUCGCUUGUGGAGCUGACAGGAAACUCUGCCCUCAUUAGAUGGAAUAGUCAAACUCCCACAUCUGGAGUCAGGAUGUUCCAGGUCCAAUACAACAGCUCUGGGGACGACACUCUGGUGUACAGGAUGAUCCCAUCCAGCAGCAAUGACUUCCUGGUUCGGGACCUUGCCGCUGGACGCAGCUACGAAUUGUGUGUCCUGGCCGUUUUUGAUGAUGUCAUCACGUCGCUGACUGCAACACGUCCUUUGGGAUGUCUGUCUUUUACGACGGACACAGAGUUCAGCCAGUGUCAGGCUCUCCACAGCCACUUCUUGGGUGGAACUAUGAUCAUCAUCAUUGGAGGGAUUAUUGUUGCUUCGGUGCUUGUUUUUAUCAUCAUUUUGAUGAUUCGGUACAAGGUCUACAGCCACCAAGGCGCCGGCCACGGAAAAGCUGCUAUUGCGGCUGCAGCACCAAGACCACAGAGCAAUGGGCAAGGAGGCAGUCAGGGCCAAGUCCUCCCUCGUUCUGCCUCAAAGAUGACAGACAAUCAGGAUGAACAGGUGCUUUUGCCAUCUAGGGCAAUGUCACCUAGCAACCCUGUAAAAGACACAGUGGCAUUGGUCGAGGAGGAGAGCCCUGGACAGUGUGUCAUGGCAAAGACUGACUCCUUGUCUAAUGAGGAACUGCUUUCACCAACCAAGACCCGCUUCUCUUCCAGGGUAGCCAUUGAGAUGAAAAUCAGACCAUCAUCUGUCGCCAAAGAGCCCUCGUCUCCCAAGGAACCAGCAGAUCCUUGAUGCUGCUGUUGUGGCAGAUGUGGAAGAUCAACGUAACCAGAGGGGAAAACGCUGUUGAACUGUCUCAAGAAAAAAAAAAAGGAAAAAUAAAAAAAGGCUGUCUUGCUCAUCUCCCUGCAUCUCCUGUUUCCUGCACCCAUUGCUUUGUUUCUAUGAAUAUUAUGGUGUUAUAAACCUAUAAAGUCAGAUCUUAUUUUCAAGUGCUUAUCCUGGUUUCACCCAUCUGGAUUAAACUACCCAGUCAAGGCUUGGUGAGGCUGUGGUCAUCCUAAUCACUAACGAUGGAAAAGCAUCUUCCACGUAGAGGCAUCUGUAUCAGUGUGGAUGUGGAAGACUGGGACAACAACCAUUUAGCUGAAAAGCAACACCAGCAGAGAAAUAAUGCGUUACCAUGGAAGAAAAACUAAAUCUCUAUCUGGGGCAGCAGCAAGAGACGAGGAGAGACACUGAGUGGACGGUGAAAACAUAAAACGAAUGGCUAAGCAACACAGGAGAUGCUGGAUCCAUGAGAGAACCACUCUAGUAGACUGGACUUUGUAAUAGACUGGACAAAAAUGGAGUCAAAUCCAAGAAAAUAAUAUGAGCACAUCGUACACUUAAGACUCUUAAAAAGCUGACUGUGUGAUUUCACUCUAUUAAUCAAAUCUGAAUAACACAUCUUUCACUGUUCCUCGGAGUUCUAAACUGGUUCUGAACCAUGACUUGAUGCUGACACCUCUUAAUUAGAAUUGGAUGUCUAAAGUACACCGGAAAUCUGGACUGGAGGAGUCCCCUUCUGGACAGAUCCGAACAAACCUGGACCCAGAAGAGGAACAAGCUGGCAUCUGAUCUGCUGCUGGAUAAACAGUUGUCAGCCUCGUUCUCCUCUUGUCCUGCACGUCCACUGGCCAGGGUUAGUGAGAACCUCGUGGAGCGCCACUGGCAUCUCUAACAUCUCAGCAGGCCUGCAUAAAAAGAUCCAGAGAUCAGAAGAAAAGUCACACGCUGCAAGUCAAGAAAGACAAAUGAAGCACUCAAAAAAACAAAGUCCUAGUAGCAGGGUACCACAUCACAUCCAUCACUCCUGAUAACACACAUCUCAUUUUCAUCUAAAACGUCACCAUCACUACCAACACCAAAUAGGUUUGCACAAACUAUUCUUCUCUGAAAGUCACAAAAUAGUUAAAUGUGAAGAAAAACGAUGUAUAGCUGAAAAUUACUUCAUCACCACCUUUACAACCUCUUGGCUGUCAUUCAGGAAAAUUGUACCUUCAUUAUCACCACUGCAUUCACACAGGGUAGGUGGUAACCGGUCGCACCUCACUUAAUUUUCCAUCCAUGAAUUCUAACAUCUUUAUAUAAAUAUCAACGUGUAUCUUCGUUUUCUCUUAGUUUGACAUUAGGAAAUCAUGUAAGAUUCAAACUACGUGUGCAUGUAUUCACACUCGCUGCUGUUCUCUAGUGUCAUUGCGGUCAUCACAGCCAUGUUGGUUCCCUGCUGAUUAAAACAAGAGUACAAUAGGACAUGGAUGGGGAACAUCAGAUCUGCCAAUCCACCCCAGAACCCCCCCUAAAAAAUAUCCAAAUGCAGAGUCUUCACUUUCCCCCUCCUUUUUUCCUCUCACUUUUUUUGGGUAUGGGGGAGGGGCUUUAUCUUUUGUAUGUGUACAUAAAGCAAUUAAAAAUCUAUAGUUUUGUACAUGUAAUUUUUAUGGUGUGUGGAUAUUUUUUAAUAAAAUAAAAUAAAGUGGGUGAUUCUUUCCAAGACUAGCUCUUUUUUCAAUGUAUGUAAUUAUUGAUUUAUUUUAAUUGUGUUGUUUUGUCACAUUGCAUACUUGUUGGCUAAAACAAAAUGCUAAAUUUUAAUUAGAUGGAAAAAAUGAAUUAAACUAAACACAACUGCUGGUGUUAUUGCUAGAGGCAAACUUAGGUAAAUAACAAUAUAAAAGGCCAUUAAUAAAAGUUUUUAAUGUAUGUUCUUUAAUUGCUAUCUAGACUAGAAAACACAUGUAUUCUGAGUCUGAACUAAAUGAACCACAAGUGAGUUUCACAGAUCUUUUGCAAGUGUAGAAAUAAGGACAUGAAAUUUCUAACUUUAGGUUUUAAAUUUGUUACUUUUGAAAUAUGGAUCAAGUCAGACUGUUUCCAAUGUAAGUAAGAAAGUAAGUAAAUUUUAUUUAUAUAGCACUUAUCACAGACAUAGAAUCACAAAGUGCUUCACAUAGAUCAAAACUAAAACAAAGUCAUAAAAUCAUGAAUAGGUUAACAUCAUAAAAUCAAAAUGCUCUCAAAACAGAAUUAGAUUAACAUCAGAAAAAUAGUCAUAAAAUUAUAAAUGUUCAUAAAAAAAUGUGAGUUAAAAAUAAGAAAAUAAAAGGUUUAGGUAAAAGCAGCUUUAAAUAAAAGGGUCUUUAGCAGUUUUUUAAAAGUGUCCAGACUGUCAAUGCUGCGUAAGGAUAAAUGAAGAUCAUUCCAGAGUCGGGGUGCAACAGUCCGGAAGGAGCGAUCACCUCGACUUUUGUAUCUGGUCUUUGGAACUUCUAGAAGGUUAUGGUGGGCGGACCUGAGGGCUAGGGUUGGAGCAUAAGGCUUUAACAGUUCAGUAAUAUAGGGAGGAGCUUGACCAUGUAGAGCAUUGAAAGUUAGAAUCAGGAUUCUAAAAUGAACUCUAAAGGUGACGGGUAACCAGUGCAGAGACAUUAGAAUAGGAGUGAUGUGUGCUCUUCUGUUUGCUCCAGUUAGAAGCCUCGCUGCAGAGUUCUGGACCAACUGAAGGCGGUCAAGGGCUUUUUUGUUAAAACAUGUGAAAAGUGUGUUACAGUAAUCUAGACGGGAGGAGAUAAAGGCAUGGAUAACAAUUUCAAGUUCAUGUUUUGACACCAACCUUCGCAGUUUGGAGAUAUUUCUUAAAUGAUGAAAACAGUUUUGGACUAACAUUUUUGAGUGACAUUUAAGAGACAUUGAUUGGUCAAAAAUAACACCUAAAUUUCUUAAGUUUGUCUUGACGGCAGAGGAUAAAUGAUCAAGUUUUAGACUAAUGAGGGGAACCAUGCUCUCAGGGGCAAUGGCCAGACACUCAGUCUUUUCAGAGUUUAACUGAAGGAAGUUUUCUUCUAGCCAGCUGGUGAUAGCGGAUAGACACUCCAGUAAUUCAGACAGUUUAUAGAACUUAGAAUCCUUAAAGGAGCAGUACAGCUGAAUAUCAUCCGCAUACAGGUGAUAAGAGACAUGAAAAGAAUCAAGUAUCUGUCCAAGAGUUUGUAUGUACAGCAGAAAAAGUGUACCCAAAACAGAGCCUUGGGGUACCCCACAGAACAGAUCGGUAGAAUCUGACAUGAUUUGGUUUAUACAGACACUGUAACUUCUGUUAGAAAGGGACGAUCUAAGCCAGUCUACAACAGUUCAAGAGAUCCCCACUGAGUCACCAAGUCUGUUAAUUAAGGUGCUGUGAUCAUCAGUGUCAAAAGCUGCAGAAAGAUCUAACAAUACUAACACGGUGAAUUCCCCGUUGUCUGCAGCCAUCAUGAUGUCACUGGAAACUUUAAGCAAAGCUGUUUCUGUUGAAUGCUUUUUACGAAAACCAGACUGGAAUUUGUCAAAACUGUUGUGUAGUUCCAGAAAAGUAGAUCUUCCACAACCUUUUCCAAUAUUUUGGAGAUAAAGGGUAAUUCAGAAAAGGGUUUGUAAUUUUUAGACUGAGAUGAGUCAAAACUUGUUUAAGGAUAGGUUAAAUAACUGCAUGUUUGAAAACAGAUGGUACAGAGCCAGAUUGUAGGGAUAAAUUAACAACAUCUACAAUGCAUGGGCCAAUUUGGUCAAACAUACUGAUUAACAAGGUAGUAGGAAUGAAAUCAGCAGGGCA